GAGCGCGCAGCGGCCGGUAGCGCCGCGCACUGCACGGUUGUUGGUGGGCGCAGGAGAGCGGUGAGUGAGUCCUUUCUGCUGAGGAAAGUACAGCCGAGAAGGGACGGGGGAUUUAAACCGGUGUCGAGGCUACAGCUGAGAGGAAAAGAUGUUUGGCUUUCACAAACCGAAGAUGUAUCGGAGUAUAGAUGGCUGCUGUAUUUGCAGAGCUAAGUCUUCAAGUUCUCGUUUCACUGACAGCAAACGUUAUGAAAAGGAUUUCCAGAACUGCUUUGGGCUCCAUGAGGCCCGCUCAGGAGAUAUUUGCAAUGCCUGUGUCCUUUUGGUGAAAAGAUGGAAAAAAUUACCAGCAGGAUCAAAAAAAAACUGGAAUCAUGUGGUAGAUGCCAGGGCUGGACCCAGUCUUAAAACAACAUUGAAACCAAAGAAAAUGAAAACCCUGUCUGGAAGCAGAAUAAAGAGCAAUCAAAUCAACAAACUGCAAAAAGAAUUCAAGCGGCACAAUUCUGAUGCCCACAGCACCACUUCGAGUGCCUCCCCAGCCCAGUCACCCUGUUACAGUAACCAGUCCGACGAUGGCUCUGACACAGAGAUGAGUGCUGGGUCCAGCAGAACACCGGUUUUCUCCUUUUUAGAUCUCACAUAUUGGAAAAGGCAAAAGGUCUGCUGUGGAAUUAUUUACAAAGGCCGUUUUGGUGAAGUCCUCAUAGACACUCAUCUCUUCAAACCUUGCUGUAGCAAUAAAAAGUCUGCCACUGAAAAGCCAGAACAAGAAGGACCACAAUCUCCAGCAAUCUCCACCCAAGAGGAGUGGUGACUUCCUUGGAUAGCUGCAGAAGGUUAUACAGAUCCUCCCAUUCUCUGGAAAAAUACUAGAAAAGUGACUGUUCACUUUGGACACCUGCUAUGCUGCCAAAAGACUAUUCCCUAGAACUGUUAUGGGUUUUACUGCUACAAUUCCACAAACUCUGAAGCCAGUUUGUCUCCUUUCAGAAAGACUGUACAUAAUAUUUAAGACGUUAUGGAACACUUAGCAAAGCUGAAUGCUGCUGCAAGGUUGUCUAAUCUUCCUCCCCCAACCCCCCCCCCACCACACCCACACACUCCCCUUCCUGCUUUACAAGUGAAUAUCAGGAUGGGGUUUUGUUAUACUAAAGUAUAUGUAGUUCAUCUUUCUCUUUUGAAAGGAGCAGUGGUUGUAAGGCCUUUUUUUAAGUUGGUUGGUAACUUCCCUUUAAUCCCCAAGAAAAUAUUUCGUUCUUAGACAUGUAUGAGUCAAUAAGAUAAACUAAUACAUAGAAAUGUUAUAAGUCACCUCUCUAGUUAUAUAAAUAUAUAUAUUUUUAAAGGUGUGGAGAUCUCACCCUGUACUACUGACAUAACAAAGACAAAUAUUUCAUCCCUCCUAUGUGACACAGACUGGUAAACUGCAGACUAAGUGGUAGUUAUCCAAGAAGGCCCCCAACAGAAAGUGCCCUUCAGAAGGGAUGAGAGAGCUUUCCUCCUUAGCUAAGGAGGAAGACUUACCUAAUAAUUGAACAUAGCUAAAUGGGAGGCUACUUUGUUUUUACCCAGCAGCAGAUACCCUGGACUUCAUGUAGUAACUGACUGGUGCUUAGAGAUGGACCAAGAAAGCAUCUUGAUGUCCAAGUUAGAUGUAGAUCGUGGCCAAAACUGAGUAACUGCUAUCUUUUGGCCCAGUGCAGCUGAAAUGUGACCACAGACCAACUUUCUGCUGGUUUUGGACCUGACACAGAACCAAACCCCUUGCUAAGCAAAACAGGUCCUGAUCCAGGGACGUACUCUGAUUGCAGUCUGGGGUCUGGAUUCACAAUUGCUGUUUUGGAAUCUUUCCCCUGUAGUACUUCUCUAUGUUUGGGUUUUGUAUGUUUAAGCAAUCAGCAGAUAAAUGCUCUUGUGAAUUCUUAAUAUGAAAAGUUCUAUUAAAAAUGGUGCUGUACUGAACUGAGGCAGCUCUUUUCACAUAUGUGAUCAAAAGAUAAUAUUUCCUUACACGGGUUCCCAGACAAACUUGUGUGCAAACUGUUGUGACACUCCUUCACACUCCGCUUUGCCUGUCAGGUGGAAGAAGCUUCCUGCAAGAGUGUGCUGCAGUUUUAGCUCCCAAAUGCUUCAUGUUUCUUUUAUGAAGGUUUAACUUGUCUAAGUUGGGAAUUCUGCUUUCUUUUUCUUCAUUUGUUUCUGUUUAUUUAGAGGGAGGGGGGGAAUGGUUCUUACUAUUACUCUGUUGGGAUAUUCUACAAUGGAUUGCUACAAGCUUUCCUUUUUUUUUUUUUUUCUUUGUUUUUUGUGAGAGCAUAAUUCUGUGGUGGGUAGGGCUUAGGACUGGAUUUCCAUUUAAUCUCAUUUCCUGAAAUGGGAAUGCUUAGCAAAUGAAAAUAUAGGUAGGGAAAUACAUGCAGGUUUUAAGAGGAGCCUCUAUCUUCAAAUCUGUGGGGUUGGUUUUUUUUCUUUUAUGUUUUUUUUCUCUCCUAUUGGGCAAGCCAACCUAUGGAGAGAAUGAACAUCAGGGGAAUCAGGGCUUUGACUUAUCACAGCCUUACAGCUUAGAGCUUUCAUUGGUCUGAUUUUGCUUAAAUUCUGAGAUUCUGAAGGGAGGACAAAGCUGCCUACCCUUUCUUUCAUCUGCAACAAAAUAGCAUCAUUUAGGUUGGAAAAGACCUCUAAGAUCACAGAGUCCAAGCAUAGAUGUAAUGGAUACUUGCUUGUGUAACAGCUAAACUAGGUUGGUCAUGUCUAACAAGGGCUUGAGCAAGAAUCCUAGCUGUUUUUGCAGACACCCUCUUUCAUUUGAAAUUGUUUUCAGCAUCAGUAAUUCUGUACACAUAAGGCUGCAGUAUUGGUGGUAGGAUAUGCUCUGAUACGGAUCAUCUCUUCUGUAUUUAUUUAUUUAUUGCUAGAUUUCAACCACCAACUGCUUCCCUGACUCCCUCCCACCUCUUCCAUUCCUGGUAGUAAUGCAAAACAAACUGUAUGUAGUCAUGCACUUUGUAUUAAUGUAUUAGAAAUCUAUGGAACCUGUUUUGUACUUUUAUACUGUUCAGACACUUGUAAUCCAAACUUUUUUUUUUUU